CGGGGAACCCGGAGGGCUAAGGAGGACGGACCACAGAGGUUGUCUGAAGGCCGAGGCCAAGAUGGCGAUGCUGGUGGCUCCUGGCCUGCUCUGCUUCCGGAUCCUGGGUUUGCGCUCCAGCGUGGGCACAGCAGUGCUGGCCCAAGAUGUCCAUCAGAGUGCUGCUGCUGAUGGCCCAAGCAGCACCCAGCCCGCUGUGACGAAAGCCAGAACUGUGGUCCCUAGACCCACUGCAUUUCCCAGCAGCCGGGGCGAGUAUGUGGUGGCCAAGCUGGAUGACCUUAUCAACUGGGCCCGCCGGAGUUCGCUGUGGCCCAUGACCUUUGGCCUGGCCUGCUGUGCCGUGGAGAUGAUGCACAUGGCCGCACCCCGUUAUGACAUGGACCGCUUUGGCGUGGUCUUCCGUGCCAGCCCUCGCCAGGCUGAUGUGAUGAUUGUGGCUGGAACACUCACAAACAAGAUGGCCCCAGCGCUCCGUAAGGUCUACGACCAGAUGCCAGAGCCUCGCUAUGUCGUGUCCAUGGGGAGCUGUGCCAAUGGAGGAGGGUACUACCACUAUUCCUACUCGGUUGUGCGAGGCUGUGACCGCAUCGUGCCUGUGGACAUCUACGUCCCAGGCUGCCCACCCACGGCGGAGGCCUUGCUGUAUGGCAUCCUGCAGCUACAGAGGAAGAUCAAGAGGGAGCAGAGGCUCAAGAUCUGGUACCGCAGGUAGUGCCACCACUACUGGAGCCACCGGAGCACGUCCUGUGUUGCCCCUAGAGAUCGUCAAUAAAGCUGCCCUCAGGUCCCA